UGUAUAUUAUCCACCCCCAAUUUUCCACCAAUAGGAAUACAAGGCAAGCACAGCAUCAGCCAAGAGUCAUUGGCUAAUAAUGUUCCAUCACAAUCACUCCACCCACAGUGAGCUGCAGAGGUCAGGGAGGGUAGGAGGCACUGCAAAGGACACCUACAGCAAAGAGGAAUUUCUCCCAAAAGAGACUUUGUUCCAGGAACCCUGUGAUAAGAUUCAAAGGGUCUUGGUAUAGACUUGAGUAGCUCACCAUCUUCCUUUUCAAAAUCAUAUGGAAACUCUUCAGAAAAUAAACUCUGUCUUGGUGAGGAAAGAUCCUUUAAAGAAACAUGGUGAAUUAUUAUGAAGUACUAGGGGUGCCUCAAAAUGCUUCCUCUUCUGAUAUUAAGAAGGCUUAUCACCAGUUAGCUCUUCAGGUACACCCAGACAAGAACUCAGAAAACAAAAAGGCAGCUGAGGAGGAAUUCAAACGAGUAUCUGAGGCCUAUGCAGUCUUGUCUGAUGCCGAGAAACGCAACAGUUAUGACAAGUCCAGAAGGAGCCACAUCAAAAGAGAAAAUAGAGGAGAUGGCAGAAACAAAAACGAUUUGAAGGAGGAAGAGUGGUUUGAGAGACCACACUGUGGCUCUCACAAUGCCUUUGAAGAUAAAGACCUCUUUUCGGGAGAUUGUUUCCCCACUGGCCAUGUGGGUAAAUCCAGGAGAUUCCACUCUUCCUUUUUUGAUGUGACCCCCAUUUUGGACACAGGAUUUUCCACUUUUGUAUCCCUGGGCUCCAGACCAGAUUCCCCUUCCUCUGGGAAAUUUGUCCCCUUUGUAAGCAGUGGGAUGGGAAACUUCAGACUGGUCACCACUUGCAGCCAGAUAGUGAAUGGCAAGAGAGUUGUUACAAAGAAAGUUUGAGAAAAUGUGAGAGAGAAGACUGAAGUGGAAGAAGAAAGUCCAUUUCAUCAGCUUCCUCUAUGCCGUUGGUAAGGAGUUAGUUGCUGCAGUAUGUUUUUACAGCAGUCUUUCCUGGAAGGCUGGUGAGUCUGAUGCUUAUCAGAGACCAGAGUUGGAAUCUGAGAGUGUGUUGAACUGGAACGGACAGCAGUCAGCUUAGUCCCAACAUCUCAUUUUGCAGAGGAGGACAAUAAUGGGCCACAUGUUACAUAAGGAACUAGGAAGCAGCAGAGUUUGACCUUUAAUUUAGGACAAAGACUUCUGAUUCUAAGUUGACCCUUCUUUCCCCCUGCACUAUAUUUGAGACACUAGAGACCACCACCAUGAAUAUGACCUUCUGAGUCAGGGCCCUACCAUCAUAAACCCCAUUGACUUGUCUUCAACUCUUUUCCUGCUCUACCUCGCUAUUGUGCCACUUUCUUGAUGAUCACUCUUUUUCUCUUUCUAGCCUUUCUCUUAGCCUCUUCUCUUCCCACCUCAUCUUUCUUACCAUACGUUUCCAAUGCACCAAACCAAAAUUAGGCUCAAUUGAAAGAGUUGCCUAGGUGUGUGGAUUGUUAGCAGAGAGAAAGAGUGAAAACUAAAUGGGUAAAGAUUUUUCACAUACUUUUUUAAUAGCAUUUAUUGAGUGCUAAGCAGAUGUCAGGAAUUCUACUUCACAUAUGUUACCUCAAUAAUACUUCAAUGGUGAAAUACAGUAGCAACUUUCCCCCCAUGAUAUAGAUACGAAAAUGAGGCUUAGAGAGAUUAAGUAACUUGUCCUUGGCCCAACCUAGUAGGCAAUAAAAUAGUGUCUUGCUCUAAAACAGUGGUUCUCAACCUUCCUAAUGCCGCAACCCUUUAAUACAGUUCCUCAUGUUGUGGUGACCCCCAACCAUAAAAUUA